AAAUAAUAUUUAAAAAAAUUAAAAAUAAAUUAUGAUAAAACCACCGGUAUGUCAAAGGAACAAUACUAACGUAUAUACUAACAAUCAACAUGAAUACAAAUAAUAACAAUUUUUUAUUGAUUUCUGGUAAUGCAGUUAUACCUAUAAGAAUCCAUAUUUAUUAUUGUUUAGAGUCCAAUACAAAAUACUUAUUGACUUCUAAUUAUUUUGUACGUAAUAUAUCAGGCAUCGAUUACAUACAAGAUGGCGAGAAGUAUAAAUGCGUAGUAACUACGGUCGCAGUAAAUUUUUGUUUUGAUUUUCUAAUUAAGCAAGUAGUUUUGUAAAAUUGUUAUCUUAACUUAUUAAGAGAAAGUACGAACUUAUUAUCGCAUAAUUUGUAAGAUUUAAGAAAUGUCGGAACAUGCAAUUCCAGUUGAUAUUCUCGAUGAUUUAAGCAGUCGAUUCAUCAUUAAUAUUCCCGAGGAAGAGAGGAAAGAUCACAUUCGUAUAUGUUUUCAAAUAGAACUUGCUCAUUGGUUUUACUUAGAUUUUUAUUGUACAGAAGAGGACUCGAAGUUGAAAUCAUGUGGCAUGAAAGAAUUUACAACUCACAUUUUCAGGCACAUCCCCUUUUUAAAGCCACAUGUUCCACGUGUUGAUGUUAUACUUGAUCAAUGGCGCGAAUACAAACAAAAUGUACCUACAUUUGGUGCGAUAGUUUUAAAUGAAGAUUUAACCAAAGUUUUGCUUGUUCAAAGUUAUUGGGCCAAAAGUAGUUGGGGUUUUCCAAAAGGAAAAAUUAACGAAGAUGAAGAUCCUUCUCAUUGUGCGGUGCGAGAAGUUUUAGAAGAAACUGGCUUUGACAUUUCAAAUUUAAUCGAUAAAAAUGAAUAUAUCGAAUCUGUUAUUAAUGAUCAACUUGUCAGAUUGUAUUUAAUAUACGGAGUACAAAAGGAUACAAAAUUCCAACCGAAAACACGCAAAGAAAUUAAAAAUGUAGAAUGGUUUGAUCUGGAAAAUUUACCUAAUAAUAAAAAAGAUAUGACACCAAAGGUAAAAAUGGGUGUAGGACCAAAUGCAUUUUUUAUGGUAGUUCCAUUUGUGAAGCGAAUGAAAAGGUGGGUUCAAGAAAAAUUACAAAGGGAUAAAAAUACGUUUACAGCGCAAGCGAGGAGGCACCGUCACAAAUCUGUUGGAGAUAUCGAAUCUACUGCUAAAAGCAAACGACAACAAAUAUUCUCUAGAAACGAAGGAACAGAUCUUAAAUAUCCACGUCAAGUUAAUACCUCACCUAUACCAAAUCGAUCAAGAGUUCAUGAAAAUAAAAAUACAUUUUCCAAAGGGGCAUUCAAGCGCAAUUUGUUUGGAGAAUCAAACGGAGAACAAUCAUCGGCAAUUCUCGCCAAACAAUUGGUAGAUAGCCCAUUAAAAGCUAAAUCCAAUACAUUUUCAAAAGAAUCGACGAAUCAAGGAGUAAAACGUUUUGAAAAUGUAAGCAAUAAAACUGCUGUAGGUGGUAGAGAUAAGAAAGAUAGUAAUGGCAAAUCCAGUUUUGGAAAAACUACUCGAAAAACGUCUGAGAAGUCAACUCCGUCUCAAUAUGGAGUACAAACACUUAAUUGUAAUUUUUCAGAAUUUGAUUUUCGAACACAAGUUUGGAUGAAUUUCAAGUUUGACAAAAAGUCAAUACUCAAUUGCCUUUAACUUUAUUAUGUAAAAAAGAAAAAGCAAUGCUGUGAUUUAAUAAUUCUAUCAUUUUAUUAUAAAUUAAUUUUAUCAUUGCCAAAAUAGUUAAGCAUAAGAUUACGUCAGCUCUAUACUGUUGUUGAAAAAUGUAAAGCAUUUUGAAUAAUUGAAAUAGUUAUAUAGAGCGAUUUAUAAAAUUAUAGAUUAUGGAUGAUUGGUAGAAUCAUCAUUAUAUGAUAGUUUUCAUAAAGUCAUUGAUAUUUCUUUUUUUACAUGUGUCCGAAGUGAUAGUUUUUCACAAUUAUUACA